CCUCCUCUCAGUUGGGGAAAAAAAGCCACUCUCUCAACUGGACAUUGCGGAACCCCGACACCGUGAUGUCCUCCUUCACCACUUCCGCCGAGCCUAUGCCUCAGGCCAACGGUUACGAACCGGACAUCGCCCAGCCUAGAGCCAGAAAGCCUGGAAAUCCCCAGGUAUUGCGCGCUGCCAACGAAGACCCGCCGGCUUCCGGACUUUCGAGUGGCCGCUCAACUCCCCUGCCGCCCGAUGCCCCGCCAUCUCUCCAAGCUCAGCACGAUGCGAAGAAACAAAUUCGUGCGCAGCAAAAGCGCCGUUUGUUUCCUACCAUUGAGUACACUUCUCGUGUUUCCCACUUCGACCCGCACAGUGACCACCAUGACUUUCGCGGCUUCUUCGUUCUCUUCUGGAUCGGCCUAGCCAUUGGCGUCAUCACGACCAUGUUGCGCAACCUCAGGGAGACUGGCUACCCCUUCAAAAUUCGCCAAUGGGAUCUCUUCACCGCAAACAUCUGGGAAAUGGGCAUAAGUGACCUGGCCAUGGUCGCAAGCACAGCUGUCAGCCUCCCGCUGCACAAGUUGUUCGACAGCAGCAAAGGUGAUCUCCGCUGGAAGAAAUCCGGAAUGAUUAUCCAAAGUGCCUAUCAGGCAGUCUGGUUACUGUUCUGGACUUGCUGGCCCUUUAUUCGCAGCUGGACGUGGACGGCCCAGGUCUUCUUCACCCUCCACUUCCUUGUGAUGCUGAUGAAGAUGCACUCUUAUUCCUUCUACAACGGUCAUUUGAGCGAGACUAAGCAUCGCCUCGACGAGCUCGAUACGCCGGAGACGGCAUCCACUGAAGCUGCUGUUAAGUACCCAAGCCCGGACAGGCCUCUGUCAGACCGCACUCCUGAAGAAGAAAAGCAAGAUGCUCUCGACCAUGGCGAAACCCUCAGACAGCUGAGAGAGGACCUUGCUUAUGAACUCAUCUCCCCACUUGGCAACGUCAGCUAUCCGAACAACCUGACUGUGCUUAACUACAUCGAUUUUCUCUUUUGUCCAACUCUCUGCUACGAGCUUGAGUACCCAAGAACUGCGAACAGAAACUGGCUUGAGCUUUUCUACAAGACACUCGCAGUCUUCGGUUGCAUUUUCCUUCUCACCUUCAUGGCCGAGCAGUUCGUCAUGCCAGUCUUGGACGCCUCGGCGGACAGCCUGCAGGCCACGGCAACCUUUUCCGAGUGCGCCCUGAUCAUAGCAGAGACUAUCAGCAAGCUCCUGUAUCCUUUCAUGUUCAUUUUCCUUCUGGUUUUCCUCGUCAUUUUCGAGUAUGUCUUGGGAGCUUUUGCCGAGAUCACCUGUUUUGCCGACCGUCAUUUCUACGCUGAUUGGUGGAACAGCUGCGAUUGGCUCGAGUUCUCUCGUGAAUGGAACAUUCCCGUUCACCACUUCUUCCGUCGUCACGUCUACUCUGCUUCUCGUGGCCAGUUCUCUCGUUCUACGGCUACCUUCAUCACUUUCUUCAUCAGUGCUCUGGGGCAUGAGCUUGUCAUGGGCUGUAUCACCAAGAAGCUUCGUGGCUACGGAGCCUUCGCCUUGAUGCUCCAAAUACCAAUUGUCAUGGUGCAACGAAGCAAGUGGGUCAGGGGCAGGACACUCCUCAACAACAUCCUUUUCUGGUGUUCCAUGAUUCUGGGCCUGUCCAUGAUGUGCGCCCUUUACGUCUUGCUGUAAGGCAUCCUAGCAUAUUAUGCGUCCUUCAGUUGGCAGCGCAGUUCUUGCUUUGCGCGUCGAGGGUUUGGUUAUACCCGUCGGUUUUGUGCUUCGUGCAAGAUACCCCAAUACUUUACUUCCAACUCAUUUCGUAUAGCUACAUUUGCGGCGUUCUGCAAAGAUGGGUAGAAGUUUCUCUGGGCCAUACGGCUUAUUUUCUUUUUUCAUAGAGACUGGCUUCAUCGUCGCGGUCGAAUCUUCACUUUAGCUAACAGUCUAUACUGGAUCUCUUUACAACAUAUAUCAUCAAUCGCCAU